GAUGCUUGUGGGGUGAAUAUGUAUUUAAACAAGAUUACACGCUAUACUGUUUAUUCUUUUGGGCUUCUUGUAAGGUUCUAAUCUCUCCCGUUCAUACCACCACAAGCUGGUCUUUGUUGUCUAACUGAGAAGUCAUGGACCGCUACAGAUAUUUUAUAUUUAACCAGAGGAGUAUGGUGGUGCUGGGGAUCUUGCAGAUCGCUUGUGCUGGGCUGUGUGUGGUCUGUGGCUUCAUGGAUGCUAUCUUCAGAAAGGACACUACUCUGAGCAACACCAGGGUUCCUCUCUGGGCUGGAGUGAUAAUGGGCAUGCCAGGAGUCCUAGCUUUGUUUUCAUCACACAAGAAGAACCCAUUGCUGGUUAACAUCAUGAUUGCUGCCUCUCUCUUAUCUUGUUUCACUACCGUGAUUAUAAUGGUCUACUCCUCCCUGACGUUAAGGUAUGGAGAGGAGGAUGAUGAGCUCUUUCACCCUUCACAUAUUCAGACACCGCAUGAAAAGUUCAUUCUCACUCGAUUUGUUCAAGGAGCCAAUUUAACCAUGCUGAUUGCCUGUGCCUUUGGCAUACUGCUAGCUCUGUUCAUCGCCUUCACUGGCUGCAGGAGCGUCCCAUACUGUGCCUGUUAUGACAGCGUCACUGGACUGGAAUCCCUGGAUCCAAAUGAUGACCAGAAUCCACAGACAGAGCUGGUUUGUACCUGGCAGGCAGGUGGCGACAGAAGGCUGUUCCAAGCUCCUGUACCGCUCAGUGAACAAGAGGAGGAGAUGUCUUCCAAACCCCCUCCCUACAUCAGGCUGGUCUGAAAUACAACCGGGCACACUGACUUUGAAUAUGCUGUUUUAAAGAAAGUGUAUUGUUAUAUUUUAUUGGAAAUCAAUCACGUCUACACCACGCCCUCCAUUAAAAAUAAAUCACAGGUGUCAUUUGACCAGAAUUUACCUAAAACAUUUAAUCAAAAUACAACCAGAAAAUAUAUUUUACCAACCCCAAUAAAACUACAAAACCACUUCUGUAGUAUUAUCUAGAAAAACAAAUGCUUCUUGUUUAAGGGAACGACAAUAAUGGUAAUUUAUUCCAACCCCUUACCCCACCCUAUUUUGUAAUUGCAUAGUAUGGCUAUUGAAUUCAGAAAGUACCCUGCCAAAACUACUUUCUUUGGGUACUUCACCAUUUCUUUUUUUUUUUUGUAAAUCAAUAAUCUUUUUGUACUACAGGCUACCAGAGUUAUCAGAGUAGUGGAAUGAAAUGGUGAUCAGUACUUCAUGCAGUGUAUCGCGUGUUAUACUAGUAUUUUAAGGUCCAUUAGGAGGUAAAUAUUUUAUUAAUGUUUACACAUCAAUCUUAAAUAUGGAAGUGUUAGUUAUUCUGGUAGGGUACUGUAUACAAAAACAGGAAAUAUACUAUCAUUUUUUUGUACUUGGAAUAUUUGACCACCUUGGUCAAGGAGAAAUGCUUUCUGAUGGAUUGUAGGUCUCUGUGUAAACCAAUGGGAAGAUACUUUGUAUAAGUUUCUCUUCUGGUAACAAACUACUUGCAGUUUACUUGAAUGCCUCGAAUGUCGUCCUUGUACAUGACUGGUUCAUUUCAGUUUCUCAAAAGAUGUGAAGUGAAAUGUUUGGAGCCAGUUAAGCACACAGUGCCAACACACAGUUCUACUGAUUGGUCCUUGAUGUGACCCAGGAGUACAAGUACAGCAGUGUAAUACAAUCUUACUACAGAGAGCGUUUGCUUUAAGAAAUGUAUCUGGUUUUCUAAUUCAUCUGGUAUCCAGAGUCUGUUAUGAUUGUUUGAUCAAUUUGUUUUACUUGUUUUAUUCAGUUAUAUAUGGCUAACAAAGAUACAAAAAAUAGUAAAAUUGUAUGACUUAAGUAACUAUAUAUUAAAUUAUCCAAGUUGAAAAUCUUUCUACAAUGUUGCCUGAUUUUUAGAGGUUUAUUAAAGGCCUGAGCACU